UAAAUAAGACCGCCAAAAACUGUGUUUUAUUUACAAAAGUAAUGCCGGCUAUUUUAAAAUAUCGUUCCCAGUUGUUUUAAACCGUUUUUGUUGUUUUUUGGCUCUAUUUCUCGCCUAUUUUCCGUGUGGUUCUUACACUACGCGUAUAAUGGCGAGCUCGGCUAACUCGAACCCAGUGCCUAAACUCUAUAAGUCUGUGAUUGAGGAUGUGAUCAAUGAAGUGCGUGAGCUGUUCCUGGAUGAGGGAGUUGAUGAGCAGGUGCUACUGGAGCUGAAGACGCUAUGGGAGAACAAACUGAUGCAGUCCAAGGCGGUGGAGGGCUUCCACACUGAGGAGCAGGCAGCCCUGCAGGCCGCUCAGCAGCAGCAGCAACAGCAGCAGCAGCAGCAGCAGGUCCAGCAAGUCCAGCAGGUCACUCAGCCAGCACAGACCCAGCAAGUCCUCCUGCCUCCACAGCCGCAAGCUCCCCAGCAGCAAGUCAUUGUUCAGGAUCCCAAGAUUCUGCAGCAUAUGAGUGCAACAGGGAUGAGUGCAGCAGCUACUGCAGCAACCCUUGCUUUGCCCACAGGAGUCACCCCAUACCAACAGCUCAUCACCAGCCAAGGCCAGAUCCUGCAGGUGGUCCGUGCUCCCAAUGGAGCUCAGUACAUCAUCCAGCAGCCCCAGCAGCAGAUCCUGUUGCAGCAGCAGAUGCAGCCUGGUGGCGUGCAGGCCCCCGUCAUACAACAGGUGCUGGCUCCUCUCCAGGGAGGCCUCCCACAGCAAACAGGAGUCAUUAUCCAGCCCCAGCAGAUCGUUCUCACUCCAGGAAAUAAGGUCCAGGGCAAUACACAGGUGAUGCAGGCGGCGGCAGCCAUGGCGCCUCAGCCCGGCCAGGCAGCGACAGCAGCUCAGGUCCAGCAGGCCCAGGGUGCAGCUGCACCGCAGGCUGCAGUGCAGCCACAGGCACAGCAGCAGCCUCAGCCUCAGGCCCAACCACAGCCACAGCCGCAGCAGCCGCCCAUGAUGCUGCAGGUGGAUGGACCCGGCGACACCUCCUCAGAAGAGGACGAGGAUGAAGAGGAGGAGUAUGAUGAAGACGAGGAGGAGGAGAAGGAUAAGGAUGGUGGAGAGGACGGGCAGGUGGAGGAGGAGCCGCUGAACAGUGGGGACGAUGUGAGUGACGAGGAGGACCAGGAGCUGUUUGAUACAGAGAAUGUAGUGGUGUGCCAGUACGACAAGAUCCACAGAAGUAAGAACAAAUGGAAAUUCCACCUGAAGGACGGGAUCAUGAAUUUAAACGGGAGAGACUAUGUCUUCUCCAAAGCCAUUGGGGAUGCCGAAUGGUGAAGUAGGGAAAAAAAAAGAAAAACACAUUAAGGGACAGGAGCAGGAACUCUGUAAUACUUCUAUCCAGUUAACAUGGACAUUAAUAUCCUUCCAUAUCCUGUGACUGGAAUAAUUUUAGGAAACCUGCUCCGAGUCUCUGAGACCUCUGACAAAUCCAAAAGACUGUGAGGUACUGUAAAACCCGGGUGUUGUCAGUGACACCCAACUAGCCUUGCGGGAUGAGAGACCUCCAGGGAAACGGAAAGCCUGUGAACAUAGCUUUUUUUUUUGUUGUUGUGUUUGUUUUCCCAGGCUUGUCCGCCCUUUCCUGUCUGAAUUCACUUCCAUUGGUACUUUCACAUCCGUACAGGUGUAGUGGACCAGGGUGACCUGACCUGCCCCACCACGGGAGGUCAGAGAUCAUCAAGUAAAACCCUGCAAAUGAAAAAGGAACACUUCCAUAAUGCACUGUAGUCGGUUGACUGGAUUGACUUGUCUACAUUAAAGUCAAAACUUAGUGCCACCAGUCAAGAUUGCUGCCUUUAGAAUGGCCAGAAUCAGCGUUUUGCUCCUACAUUUUUUUUUUGUUUGUUUUUGUUUUUGUUUUUAGAUCAUAAUUCCAUUUCUCUGAUCCAUGCCACCAGUUUUGAUCAGAUUUAAAGUUUCCAUCCAUCUAUUUGAUACUGGUGCCCUAGAGUGUUUUAUGUAGUAAACAACCCACACUAUCGUUUUAAAACAUUUUAAAAUAAUAAUAUUUGUUUGAUGAAGGGUAAACUCAAUUCAGAUCUACUGAUAACAUAAUCAAUACAACAAUGUGUGUAGGCAUUUAUUUAAUCUUCUGAAGAGUGCUGAGUCCAAAAACACGGUUUGUUUUUCCACACUGCUUCUUUGGAGCUUCAUCCUAUCUUCAGCAGAACACUUUACAGAUGGGACAAAAAAAAAGAAGAUAAAACUGUCAGUGGAUAAAGAACUGUACAAAAUUUCAUUACCAGCUGAAAGUUUUUUUUUUUCCUGUUGGUGUAUCCUCUUGCUCUUAAUUUAGUUCUUUGCAGCCGUCUGAAGAUUUGCACUGUCAGUUUAUCAAUGUGUCGUGAAAUCAGUCAGUCAAGUUAAUCAGUAGCGUGCUCCUUUGUGUGUGUGAGAGUGAGAGAAUGACUGAACAUGCAUGUGGUGAGUGUGCACGCAUGUGUGUGUUGUUUGUCGUCACAAGUAAUUUUUUUUUUUUUAAGAAGUUUACUUGCUCAUUUUUUUUGGACACCCUAUAAUCUCAAAUGUUUUAAGGAAAAUAGAAAAUAGAAUAGUGUUUUUGGUUGGGCGAGGCAGUGUUCCUUUUCUAUUUAUUCCUGAAAGCUCACUAAAUGUUCUAUUUUUGAAGGGUUAGAAGGCCGCACCAAACUGUGCUCUUAUAAUCUAAUAAGUGUUCCUUUUUUUCUGUUAGCUCUUUGAGGCUACAUGAUAUGCUAUGUUCCAAAUCUUUGCGUCUACCAUAUGUUCUCCUGUGCUUUCAUUUUAAUCAUGACUUUUAAUCAAAAAAUGUUUUCUAUCAAAGUGAGUUUCACCUGGGGCCCCGAGUGUUUCUCUGCAGUUUGUUUUUAGUGCCCCUGUUGCAGCAGUUUGAAAUAAAGUAUGUGUUUUUGGCUAUUAUGUUAAUUUGGUUGUUGUUGGCAAAACAUGGUUUGUGUGGUGUGUUUUUGCAGAAACUGCACAGUAGAUGCCAAGGAUGCACUGAACAGAGACAAUACCGAGAGCCAUUUUCUGACAUGUUUAUAUAAAGCAAAACAGGUUGAUUCUGAUUAAAUCUCAGUUGGAGAAUGUUUGUUUAAUUCAGAUAUUUGCCCACCAAAAACAACAUAAUUGUCUCUGUCUUUACUGCUCGGUGAAAGUUAAUGGAUCAAAAAAUCGGCAGUGAAAGGGUGAUAUUGAUGCAUCCCAAGCAGACAUUGUUAGUGACCCAUCAACACAGAAAUAUCUUGUGCCAAGGGAAUGUAUUCCAAAACAUUUCAGACUUUUCAUCACUAUUUCUUGACCCUAGGCGUUUGGCAAGCAGCAUUCAGUAGCUAUCCACAAUUAGUAGUCAUGAAAAUCAAUCUAGUCACUAGUUGCACAUUUCAUGUUCACAUACUGUACCUAUUGAUGGUUCUUGUGUGUGCCUUUUGGAUUUCAUUUGGGCUUUGUGGUAUUCACAUAAGGGGUGUGCUUUUGGAGAGGAUGUCUCUUAAAGAUGUAUUCUCAGCUUUUUAAUUGUUCAUGUGUUGUGCGUUCUAACUGCUGUUCGAAUAAUUAAGGCAAUGUAUUGUUCGUAUCAUUCAUAUUUUUUUUUUUUUUUUUUUUUUUUUUUAAUUAAAUCAAAAGUUUGUAACCAUAACCUGGAAGGCUGUGCUUUGAAUACAAUUAGGGAAGGAAUUAUGUUACUGAACAGAUAUUAAGUUGUUUUCUUUUGCUAAAAAAGUAAAGUAAUAAAAGUGUCACUUUUGCUUUCA